GAAGCUUGGACGAUGCGCUUCCUUUCGUCACGUUGGUUUUUUUUGUUUGUGCAAUUUAACGAAAAUGUUAUCGUGUGUGAUUUUGUGUGGCUUAUAAAAUGGAUCGAUCUUGGCGCUGUGACGUGAUAACUGCCUUGUUACGCAAGUGCAAAUAAAUCAAAGAAAAAGAAGUUAGACGCUGCAUCUACAGCAUGACGUCAAGACUAGAUCGUCUGUUCGUGCUGCUGGAGGCCGGCUCAGGCGCGGCGACGCGGCGUGCAGCGGCCCGCCAGCUGGGCGAGGUGCAGAAAGCGCAUCCCGAGGAGCUGCAUCGGCUGCUCGGCCGCCUCAUGAAGUACCUGCGCUCGCCCGCAUGGGAGACGAGGAUAGCCGCUGCACAGGCAGUCGAAGCGAUACUCUCGAAUGUUCCAGAAUGGCAUCCCACACAAUGCAACGUGAAAAAAGAGGAGAACGUGGAGACGGAAGAAGUUGGUCUGCUCCGCUGCGAGACGUUCGACAUAGAACGUGUGUUGGAGAACGGUGCGCACCUCAUGGGCUCCGAGGGUCGUGAGUACGAUCUGGAAGAAGUGGCUCUCUCGGCUGGAGAUAUGAAGGAACGGUUGGCUAAACAGAGGCAACAACUUAACGCCCGCUUAGGUCUCGAUGUUGCGGCCAAACUGGGAGUUGACCUCACCUCGGUGUAUACUAAUGAAGAUCUCUGCCCUGUCAAGAUACAAGUCAAACCUGAGCCACCGAGGCGGCCAGUACAAGAACUAGUACCAAUAGCAUCAAAGCCGCUGAGUUCUCGCGAGAUGAACGUAGCGAAGCGGAGAGCGCGCGCCGCCUACGGCAAGCAGAAGUCGCGCGACUGCGACGAGGGUCCCUCCGCCACCUCUUCUCAGCCUACGCCCUCAAUCUCGCUCUCUUUAGAGCCAGACAGGAAGAAGAUUAAAUUGGAACCUGUAGAGGACUUUAUUGUGGACAGUGAGGCUGCGGUGCCGGAUGGUCUAGGCGUGUGGGGCCCGUCUAGCCGCUGGCCGCUGGAGGGAUGGUGCGCGGCGCUGCAGGCGCAGCUGUUCCACGGCGCGUGGGAAGCGCGACACGGCGCCGCCAGCGCGCUACGGGAGCUGCUGCGCGCGCGCAUCAGCGCCAGCGCCGCCCGGCGCCCAGCAACUACUGAACAACAAAUGGAGGACGCCCAUCAAGAAUGGCUAGAGGAUAUGGCAUUAAGAUUGCUCUGUGUGUUGGCUCUGGAUCGAUUUGGAGAUUUUGUAUCGGACCAGGUGGUGGCGCCGGUGCGGGAGACAUGUGCGCAGACGCUGGGUGUGGCGCUGGCGCAGCUGCGUGAGGUGCGCGUACGUCUCGUUGCGGAUGCUCUCGCCACACUGGCGCGCCAGCCACAGUGGGAGGCGCGGCAUGGGGCGCUGCUCGCCUUCAAGUACCUGCUCGCCGCAAGGCAGGAGGUGGCGUGUGCUGCUGGCGCGCUGGAGCACCUGGUGGCAGCGCUGGAGGACGUGGCGGAGGAUGUAGCGGGAGUGGCGGCGGGAGCGCUCGCCCCCGCUGCUGCUGCACUGGCUGCCGCACGACCUCACGCCCUGCCCGCGGUCGCGGCCAGACUCUGGCAGCUGCUGAGGGACCAGGACGAUCUUGCAGCACCAGCUAACGCUUACAUGGCGCUACUGGCUGCGCUCUGCGCCUUGCCACAAGCCGCCAAACAUUUGCACCCCAUCGAUUUAGCGGACGUAUUACCUCGCCUGUGGCCGUACCUCGACCACUCUACAAGUUCAGUUCGCAAAGCCACGCUACAGACACUGCGCACACUCACACGCCCUCUGGUGACCACCGACGAUACUAAGACUAACGGUAACGGUGACACUACGGUGGUAGAUGUCAAAGUAAACGGCACAGACAAAGUAGACAGCGGGCUGCUGACCUGGACCCCGGAAUUAUUGCAAGACGCCAUGCGACAUGUAUACCAAAGAGUACUAUUUGAACACGUCCAUGAUAUACAAGAAGUCGCUUUGCAAGUAUGGGAUAAUCUGUUGAAGCACGCGGCAUUAGAGGUGAUCCUGGUAGCGGCGUGUCCCAUGUUGGCGACGUGGAUGUGUCUCGCCAUGCAACCGCCGAGGCUGCCGGUUGACCCCUCGUUGCUACUCUAUACGCCACAUAAGGAGCGUCGGACACGUACCACCUCUCUACAGUCAGAGCAAGUACCGCCCGAGGUGCGUCCCACACAGAAGUGGUUCAUCGGCGGCAGCGAGUCGCAGCCCGCCGCCGCACGCGACCGCAACGUCACCCGCGCUAGAUGUCUCGCCGCUGACAUACUGGGACAUUUGUCAUGCUAUCUUGUGCAACCGGCGCCUGGCAUAGAAUAUAAAUCAGAGGAUGAAAGCCCAAUACAUUGCUACGUUAAGGUGAUGAUAGUGUACCUGCGGUCGGGUAGUGCCCUGCAGCGGCUGGUGGCAGGACUGGUGGUGUCAGCGUGGGCGAGGUACACGCGUAAGCACAACAUGUACCCCCCACAAGUACCACAUAAUGGAGUCAACGGUGAUCAGAGCGCAGAUAGUAGUCAAGAACGGAAAGAUAUAUCACUACUAGCGCCGGAGUUACUAACGAGUACGCUGCACGCGGCGCUCAAUCAAGCUCUCUAUUACGACGAGGUCGCGCUGAACUGCAAUAGGAUACUGCAAGAGGCUCGCGACCUGUUGGCGAUGAUGAAACACUACAAGCUGGCUGUAGACGGUGAAGAGUUCAACAAUAUAUUGCGAUUAGAACAGGUGGUGCACAUGUGUAACGUGACCCAGCCGAUGGUAGCGGGGCUGAAGCUGAAGCGAGUUCUGCAGACGUUGGAGGAGCGCCGCGCCAGUCUGCUCACCGCCGCCAACCAGUGCGCAGUCGAUCAGGCCACCUUCAAUGUCUCAGUGCAAGCUGCGCUGGCUGGAGCUUGUGCCAAUCUGCACGCGCUGCCGGAGCGGCUGAACCCUGUGGUACGGCCGCUGAUGGAGAGCAUCAAGAAGGAAGCCUCGGAGGAGCUGCAGGCGCACUCCGCGGAUACCCUCGCUGAACUGCUUACGCAGCUCGUCGACAGAGACCCCUGCCCUAAUAACAAAGUGCUAGUUAAUCUGAAGGCAUUUCUUAGAUGUGACCCGGAGUUCACGCCGCGUAUAUCACUGGAGGUGGUGGAUGAGGCUGACUCCGGCAGCGGUGAUAGCGGCUCCGAGACCAAGAGAGAACCACAAUCGACCCUCACAACGCUGGACAAAUAUAAUGGGAUUUUGACAUUGAGAGAGCAGCAGCGCAAUGCAGAGCGGAGCGCGCCUCGCCGCGGCCGCCCGCCUGCCGCCGCCACCUUAGCUGCUGCGGCCGCCGGGCAAGACCUCACACUUGACACCCUCUUCCCGCAAGAAGAUGAGGCGCGUAAACUUUUAAGUAUCCAGAGAAGAGGAGCAACACUCGCACUGACAAGUCUCACCAGACAUUUUGGUGAUGAACUGCCAGAUAAGUUGCCCAAACUGUGGGAAUUCAUCACGGAGCCAUUCGCCAAAGUUAUGACUGAUGCAGAAUUAGUGGCACAGGAGCCGGAAGCGGCGGAGGAGCUGAUCUCCCGGCUGCAGGUGGUGGAGGCGGUGGGUGCGCGCGUUGGCGACGCGUUGUGGCCGCGGCUGCUGGGCGGCGCACGCGCCUGCGCAGCGCUCUGUCGCGCCCACUAUACCGCACUGCGGCAUAUGGCGGCGCGCGCACUCGCUGCACUCGCCGCAAGAGACCCGCACGCUGUUAUGCACGAGCUAGUGCACGAGUUGAUUGCUGCGCUAGAUGACGUGCGUAAUGACCGCGUGCGGUGCGGCGCAGCGGAGACUCUUGCGCGGCUUGUGGACGCGCUGCAGCUGAACGUCGUGCCAUAUAUUGUGCUGCUCGUAGUACCAAUACUAGGGCGUAUGAGUGAUCACUGCGAGGCGGUGCGCACGAUGUCCACGCGGUGCUUCGCGACGCUGAUCCAGCUGAUGCCGCUAGAUGGCGCCGUGCCCGAGCCCGCCGGUCUCAGCGCCGAGAUGCGCGCGCGCAGGCAGCGCGACAAGGACUUCCUAGAACAACUCUUCAAUCCAAAAUCUAUUAAAGAUUACAAGAUACCAGUACCAGUGUCUGCUGAAUUGAGGAGUUAUCAACAAGCUGGUGUGAACUGGCUCCGCUUCCUGUACGAGUACGGUUUGCACGGCGUGCUGUGCGACGAUAUGGGACUCGGCAAAACUAUACAGUCGAUAGUUGUGGUGGCCGGCUCGCACUGGGAGCGCGCCCACCAGCGCCGCGAUCAGCUACCCUCGCUCGUCGUCUGCCCGCCCACGCUCACCGGUCACUGGGUGUUCGAGGUGAAUAAAUUCAUAGACAGCAAGUACCUGCGGCCGCUGCAGUAUGUGGGCCCGCCAACAGAGCGCGAGAGGCUGCGAGUCCUCGCCCGUGCUGACAAAUACAACCUUAUAGUAGCCUCUUACGAUAUUGUGCGCAAAGAUAUCGACUUCUUUAGCACUAUCAAAUGGAACUACUGUAUUCUCGACGAAGGUCAUGUUAUAAAGAAUGGUAAAACCAAAGCGUUCAAAGCAAUCAAACAAAUAGUCGCCAAUCAUAGGCUCAUACUCUCCGGCACGCCUAUACAGAAUAACGUACUUGAACUUUGGUCGCUAUUUGAUUUUUUGAUGCCUGGUCUAUUGGGUACGGAGAGGCAGUUCACUGCGAGAUACUCACGGCCAAUUCUUGCUGCACGCGACCCCAAGGCAACACCACAUCAGCUACAAGCUGGCGCUCUCGCUUGUGAGGCGUUACACCGACAGGUGCUGCCGUUCCUGCUGCGCCGUGUGAAGGAAGACGUACUGCGAGAGUUACCGCCGAAGAUAACUCAGGAUUACUACUGUGAACUGAGUCCGUUACAGCGCCGUCUGUACGAGCACUUUGCGCGAGAUCAUGCUCCUCAACACGCACUCGCACACUCUCAGACACAUGUCUUCCAGGCGCUGCACUAUCUGCAGAAUGUGUGCAAUCAUCCCAAGCUGGUGCUGACUCCGGAACAUCCGGAGGCGGCGCGCAUCUCAGCCGAGCUCGCAGCCCAGCGCUCCUCUCUCGACGACAUACAUCACUCCGCCAAACUACCCGCGCUCAAGCAACUGUUACUGGACUGCGGUAUUGGUACGGUUGCCUCGGACGCAGAGAACGGCGCGGUGGUAUCGCAACACCGUGCGCUGGUGUUCUGCCAGCUGAAGAAGAUGCUGGACAUUGUGGAGCAGGAUCUGUUGCGCGCGCACUUGCCCACUGUUACACAUUUACGUCUCGACGGCAGCGUGCCUCCGCACCAGCGACACGCCAUCGUUACAAGAUUCAAUACUGAUGUGUCUAUUGAUCUACUGCUACUCACCACUGCUGUGGGUGGUCUCGGUUUGAACCUGACGGGUGCUGACACGGUGAUCUUCGUGGAGCACGACUGGAACCCGAUGAAGGAUCUACAGGCGAUGGACCGAGCGCACCGCAUCGGUCAGCGCAAGGUCGUCAAUGUCUACCGCCUCGUCACAAGGGAUACGCUCGAGGAGAAGAUCAUGGGACUGCAGAAAUUCAAAUUGAUGACAGCCAACACUGUAAUCAGCAGUGAGAACGCAGCCAUGGAAACCAUGGGCACUGAGCAGCUGUUAGACCUGUUCCAGCUGUCGGGGCAGCAGCGGCCUCAGCCCGCAGCACCCGCCUCCUUACUCGACGCCUUGCCCGACCUCUGGGACGACAAGCUGUACGAAGAGGAGUACGAUAUGACCAAUUUUAUCAAGAGCUUGAAUAAUAUUAAGAGUUAAACUAUACCUUGUUCCAAAUCAAAUAUUUUAUAUUUAAAAAAAAUCGCGUAGUUUUCUAAGAAUAACUUUUACCACCUUACUCUGUCAUUCAUUAUCCGCACUUUACUCAUUGAUUUCACAUUAAUUCAAAAUUUCCAAAGCACACUGUAAUGGCGGCCAUGCGAGAUUUGACGUUGGUAUAUUUACAAGAUUUAGACCUUCUUUUGGUACGGAGUAUAAUUGUUUUUCGAUAAGAACCAGGCACAUUUGCUCUAGAAGAAAAAUACUA